AUGUCACGGCGGGCUCCAUCCACAGGCCUCCCACGUCCACCAUCAAGGGCCCCAUCCAUCGUCCCUCCAUCACGCUUGUCCAGAACAGCAUCCUCGUCACGUACCGACGACCAACAACACCAUCUCCCCUCCCGCCGCACAACAAACCUCGCUCCCUCAUCCUCGUCCGUCCGCGUCCCUUCCGAUGUACCAGAGAGCAGCAUCCGUGUAGCUGUCCGCUGCCGUGGACGGUCAAGGCAAGAGCUAGAAGAUGGUUCUCCCGCCAUCACCACGACCGAGUCUCCACUGUCCAAGGCCAUCACGGUCGAGACGAUGCCCGGUGCUCCUCCAAGUGCCUUCGGCCCAGGAUCACAGCCAACCACCAAAACGUACCCGUUUGACAAGGUGUUUGGACCCGAGGCGGACCAGACAAUGGUCUUUCGUGAGGUGGCGGAGAACAUGCUCGACGAGGUCUUGGCGGGCUACAACUGUACCAUCUUUGCGUACGGCCAGACGGGAACAGGCAAGACGUUUACGAUGCAUGGCGACUUGAAGCCCACGCCACUUAUGGAGCCGUCCAACGAGGCCGGUAUCAUUCCGCGCGUACUAUAUCGCCUCUUCUCGCUGCUCGAAGCCCAGGACAACACCGAGUACGCUGUCAAGUGCUCGUACAUUGAAAUCUACAAUGAAGAGCUUCGCGACCUCUUGGCGCCAGAGUACAAGGACGGGGCGUCGGCCAACAUCAAGAUUUUCGAGGACGCGUCCAAAAAGGGUGUCACCGUUUCUGGCGUCGAGGAGACGGGCCUGCGCAACCUCAAGGACGGCAUUGCAGUUCUCAACAAGGGUGCGAUGCGCCGCCAGACCGCCGAGACAAGGAUGAACGACCAGUCGUCCCGCUCCCAUUCCAUCUUUACCCUCACUGUCCACGUCAAGGAGACAUCGACAGAAAAGGGCGGCGAGGACCUGUUGCGUAUUGGCAAGUUCAACCUUGUCGAUUUGGCUGGUUCCGAGGCCAUUGGUCGUUCGGGUGCUGAGAACAAGCGCGCCCGCGAGGCCGGCAUGAUCAACCAGUCUCUCCUCACCCUUGGCCGCGUCAUCUCGGCUCUGGUCGACAAGGGCACCCAUAUCCCUUACCGCGAGUCCAAACUCACUCGCUUGCUGCAAGAUUCGCUGGGUGGCAGGACCAAAACCUGCAUCAUCGCCACCGUCUCGCCAACAAAAUCCAACAUGGAGGAAACCAUCUCGACGCUCGACUAUGCCCUUCGCGCCAAGUCGAUCAAAAACAAGCCCGAAGUCAACGCCCACCUCACCAAGGCUGGCCUGCUCAAGGAAUAUGUUGCCGACAUGGAGCGUCUCAAGGCCGAGCUGUACGCCACCCGCGAGAAGAAUGGCAUUUACGUGCCCGAAGACCAGUGGCGCGAGAUGAACGACACGGCAACCAAGCAAAAGACAGACUUCAAUGACGCACGCCAGCGCGUCGCCCAGGUCGAGGUACAGCUCAAGACCCGCAAAGCCGAGUUUGAGACCCUCACUGCGCGGUUUAUCACCACCACCGACGAGCUCGCUGCCGUCCGCGAGGCAGAGCGCCAGCUUGGCAACGCGCUCACCGAUGCCAAGACGGCGGCCGAUGACGCGCGGACCAAGCUCGCAGAGGAACGGGUCGUCAGCGAGGCGUACGAGGUCGGCGAGGAGCGCCUGCACAGUGUGGCAGGGGAGCUGCACGCCGUCGCCGUCGAUUCGGUUCGCGACGUCGGUGGGCUGUUUGACAAGCUUGGCCGUGUCACAAACGUCCUCGAGACCAACACCGACGCUGCUACCCAGUUUGGCUCGGCCAUGCAGAACCUGUCCUCCGACCUCAAGCAGGACAUUGUGCAGCUGCACACGGUCCACGGUGACUUUGGGCGCACACUGAGGAAGGAUAUGGAGGAGUAUGCUGCCAGGGGUCACGAGGAAUCGCAAGAGCACAUGGCCGAGCUGGACAAUGCGUUUGCAGCAUUCAACAACCUCGCCAACUCACUGUCCACGUCCAUUGAGGAAGGCCAUGUGGAGAUGACCGACGCGGCAGCCGCAGUUCUCGCUGUCAAAGACGAGGUGCAGGCGAGCGUGCGUGCAUGGGCCGAGGGCGUGAGUGCGCGCAGCACCAACAUGGUCGACGAGCUCCUGCGCCACCAGGAGCAGCAUCUGUCUGUCGUCGGCGGCGUUCUCGACUCCACCACUCAUCUACUCGACGGCGUCAUCUCGGCCGCAAGAGACAACCUCGCCUCGCAGGCUGCGGCUUUCACUCGCGCAAAGGAAAUGUCUACCUCAGCAACCGACGCCGAGCUCGCUCGUCUCCGUGAGCAAAACACCCUCCUCACCACCCUUCUCGCCGACGAGCAGGCCAAGUCGGCCAAACUCCGCACCGACCUGAUUGGCAACGUUACCCAGAUGAUCGUCGGGUUUACGGACGCCCAGGACGCGAGCCUCAAAACAGCCAUUGGCCGCGUGCAGCAAGGUAACGAUGAGCGAUUGCUGUCCGUCUCGACAUACGCAAACGAUCACGCCGACGUACUUGGUGCCGGGUCCAGCGCCGCGGACGAGUUUAGCCGCCAGCUUGCCUCACAGUCAGCGGCUGUCGAGCGACAGCGCGGGGCAGGGCAACAGGCCCUGGGAGAGGUCACGACCGGUAUGCGUCGCCGACUGGAAGCGUAUGCCGAGUCAACGGCGACCGACGCGCAGGGCCAUGUGGGCAGCGUGGACGAGCAUUGCGAGAGGAUUGGAGACGCGGCAGAGUUGGUGUCCUCGACCGUUGCCAAACGCUCGCGCCAGCAGGCGUCAACUGUAGCUGCACUCUGCGACGAUCUUGCCGAUGCGCACGAGCGCAGUGCCAAGCGCGUCAAGACUGGCGCCGAAGAUGUGACCAGGCUCACGUCCACACUCCUUGCUUCUCACACGUCGAGCUCCGACACCUCGUCCCGCGCCCAGGUCACGGCCCAGCAGACGCUCAAGGCUAUGGCGUCCUCAACCCGCCGGUUCCUGGACAACAUCGAGGUCGACGCGCCCACAGGGUCGACACCACGGAAGCGCGCCUGGGACUUUCCUCAAACUUGGGAACGCACCGAGCCGCGCCACGCCAUUAUCGACAGCUUGCGCCGUGGCGACCGCCCCGAGUCACGGCUACGCGAGUUCCGUCCCGACUCUGCCAUGUCCGCAACGUCGUCGCACUUGGCCUCGAGCACGGGUGACAGUGUCUACGAAAGCGCCAUCAUGGCGCCGCGCCUCAGCGGGACAAGCACCAUCACGGCGCAGUCCGACUCGUCGACCAUCCGUUCCCCGGCCCCAAGCGAGGCCGACAUCGGCGCGGUCAUGUCGUCUGCCUCUCUCUCGAGCCUCGUCGACGAGGACAGCGAGUACCACAGCCACAGCCACACCAUGCCCCCGCCUGCCGCCGCCGUCCGCUCGCCGCCCGUGCCCGCAGGUAUGGGCGGGUUCAUGCGUCCCCCGACCGAAGUGAGGGACAUGACCGCGCCUACCCCGCCCGGCGCGCCGCCAGCCGCCCAGCUCAAUGCGCUGAGGAGGCCGAGCAGGGCCAAGAAGUUUGACAGUUUCGGGCUGGGCGACAAGGGCGGCGGCGCGGUGGAGAGGGAGAGGGAAAGGGAGAGGGCACAGGGCGCCGUGUUGGGUGAUGGCGGAGGCAACAUUCCCCGCCGGAGGCGAUAG